GGAGACUCCAUGCCCUGACACCGACUCUCCCAUGCCCUCUUGCCCAUCCCCAGCCUUCCUAGAGAGAGACCGCCCCAGCAGACGCUAACCCUGAGCAGGGCACAGUAUGAGCGCAUUAAGGCCCAGUGCGUCAUUGAGGAUCGGCAGGCCAAGGCAGCAGCCUACAAAGCCGAGAGGGAUGCCACGAUGGUAGUCGCCUCCUCUUGCUUCCCCUGUGCUAGGUGGUUUCGAGGCAGGGUCCCUGGUGCUGUGGGAUGGGGUGGGCGUCUGCCAGGGCUGACCACGUGGGCAGGGGACUGCUAGCAACCUGCUUCUCCCCUCCAGGCCGCUGUGGCCCAGCGCAAAAAGGCCAUGAAAGAGAGGAUUCUUCUAAAGCAGAAGGUACAGAAGAGCGACCUGGAGAAGGAGACUGAGGAGCGAGGUAACUACCUGCUGCAGCGGGCCUACAGGAUGCGCCUGGAGCAGGAAGAUGAGAUCAAGGAUAUGGAGAAGAUGAUCGUGGAUGCCAGGUGCCACGCUGUCCUGGACGCCCAGAUGAUAGAGAAGCAGCAGAUGGAGAAGGAGCUGAAACAGGAAGAGCUGCGCCUGGAUCAGAACAUGGAAGUGGAGCGCCAGAAAGUCGUCCGGAUACAGGAAGAGCUGGAGGAGAAGAGGAAGCAGGAGCUGAUCCGGGGGAGGCACCAGUUUGAGAAGCAAAUUGAAGAGAAGGAGAAGGAGAGGGCCAUACAGGCUGAGAUGCAGGACCUGGAGGCCCAGCAGAUACGGGACCGCCUGCAGCAGCUGCACCUGGAAGAGCUACGGGUAUGGAUGGCACAGGCAAGGGAGGGGAGGGGUUCAUCCUGGCCAUCCCCAUCUGUGUGUAUCUGGCCUUGCCCCACGUGCCACACAGAGCUGCACUGGCCCGGCUGCUCGAGGGCAGGGUCACCUCCCCAGUGCUCUGUGGGUGCCACGCAGCAGGGCUGCCCUGCACAUCCAGGCCACAGUGGGUCUGGCAGGCUCAAGCUGGGCUCGGCACUAUCCGGCUCUGGGAAGUUGCCAAGGAAGAAGCAACAGAAGUGGAUCCAUUCUGGGGUGUCCCCCUGGCAUCUCUCUCAGUCCCUCCACUUGGACCCUCCUCAGGACUUGGAGAAGAAACAGCUAAAAGAAAGGGAAGCCCACACGGAGGAUUUCCGCAUCAACGAACAAAUGCUGCUCUACAAGGAGCAGAAGCUGGAGCAGGAGAGGCUGGCUGACCAGCGCGUCCUGGACUACCAGAAAGAGAAAAUGGCACGGGAAGCAGAUUUCGAGGCACAGCAGGAAAAAGCCCGCCACGAGAAAGAGCUGGAGACGGCCCGCCUGAGAGCCCUGCAAGAGAGGGCCCAGGAUCUCCAGGCUGAGAAGGUAACGCGCACGGCCGCCCCUGCCCUCACUCCCUCCUGGCCUGUCUGGCAGCCAGGGACCCAGCAGAGAAGGGGACCGUGGCAGGGCAGACCGAGCCCCGGCUGGAGCCCCUGGCAGAGCAGGUUGCAGGUGGGUGUGUGUCAGCCUGGGCUCAGGGGAGAGGAAAUUAGCUCUCCGAGGCAGCAGGCAAGGCUCCACAGCUUGCUUGGGUCUGUCCAGCUUUGCCGUGGCAGCCAGCACUACACGUGGAGCAGGAGGGGAGGAGAGUCCAGUGGGCAAAGGCAGCCCGAGGGUCGGGGCUGGCUUCCCGGGGGAGUGAGGUUAGCGCCUCGGCCUGGCUCCUUGCUGCCUGGGCCACGCAGUCAGGGCUUCCCUCCCGGCAGGACGCGGUCCGGGCCAAGCGGCACCAGGAGGCCAAGGAGUGAGAGUGGCGGCAAAGGGAGAAGGAGGCUGUGCUGAAAAAGUUGAAGACCCAGGCUGAGCUGCAGCAGAGCUGCCUGGUCCAGAUGGCCUGCAAGGAGCAUGAACAGAUGAUCCAAACCAAGUGGGACCACAGCUAUUACGAUCAGGUCCUCAGGGAGCAGCGGGAGCAGGCACAGAAGGAGCAGAAGCAGCAGGAGGAGAGGGCUGCCAAGCAAAUGGCACACGGUAAAGCAGUGCGGAGCCAGAUGACGGAGCGCCAGGAGCCGCUGGUGCAGGAGCGGGCUGUCUGCUUCGAGGAUGGGAAGCGUCUGCAAAAGGAGAUGCAGAAGCACGCCGAUCGCAUUGCCCAGCUGAAGAGAAUGAGGAUGGAGGAGCUCCGAGCCACCGGUCUGCCCGAGAGGUACUGCGUAGGUGUGGAGUACAAGGCCUUGAAGCCAGGCCCCAAGCGCUGAGGGUGUCCAUUCACUGCCCAGCCUGCCCCGGGGGGCUUGCAGGGGGUCGCAUGUGGCCUUCCCCCGGCCCAGACUGUAAAUAGUUUUAAGUUUAGACAUAGUAAAUAAAGCUGUU